AUGCAUAUCCCGGCGGCCGCCGCCGUGCUCUGCUCAGCCACACUGCUGCUAACUGCCGUCCUCGCCACCCACGCCCAAAACACCACCACGCCGACGUUGCCGUCAUCGUCGACCUCCUGCGACCCAGCGAUGUCUGCGCAUCAAGUAGACAAGUACCCGUUCUGGCUCGGCGGCACGCACCCGCCGGUCGGCUACCGCGCCUUCCAGGUCAGGUGCGACUGCAACGGCACGGCCUCUCUCAGGAACUCCAUCUGGACGUACCAGAUCACGGAGAUCUCUUACGGCAACGACAACGGCACCUUCCCGGUCGCCAACACCGAUCUCUCCGACGGCAGCUGCGACAUCAAACUCAAAGUGAACGCCUCCUCCGACCUCGGCUACGCGCCCUUCGGCAUCAGCGCCACCAACCAGGAGCUCUUCUUCCUCUACAACUGCACCGACCUUGAGGCGCAGCCGCUGCCGCUUGCUUGGGUGCCCGUUAACUGCACGAAUGCCAACACGUCCAUAUUCAACUCGUUCGCGUUGCUCUCCGGCGGGUACAAGCCCGACAACAAAUGGGAGCCGAUACCGGGGAGCUGCACCGUGUCGAUGAUGCCGGUGCUGGGGUACCCUGGGGCGACCGGGGCGGACUACCGGCGGCUGAUGAACAGCGGGUUUCUUGUCGAGUAUACGGCCGGCGACUGCAGGGCGUGCGAGGAGAGUGGAGGCUUUUGCCGGAUUAACACCACCUACGAUAUCUUCGAGUGCCGCUGCUCUGACGGCAUGUCUGACUUCAUCAUCUGUCGUAGCUCAGGUAGUGAGAGGAGAGGGAAGAAGAUUAUGCUAAUAGGUACUACAUCAGCUGCUGCAACCUUUCUCUGUGCAUGUCUUUAUGUGCUGAUAUGGCAUAGAAAAGGGAAAAGACUAUGGUUUCUCCUUUGCAAGAAGGCUAGCAGCAACACUGAGAAGAAUUACGAGGCAAUGAUAGUAUCAUAUGGAUCCCUAGCUCCAAAAAGAUACAUGUACUCAGAGGUAAUGAAGAUAACUUCUUAUCGUAAUGAUCAGCUUGGUAAAGGUGGCUAUGGUGUGGUUUUCAAAGGAAGACUACACGAUGGUCGUCUAGUUGCUGUGAAAUUUUUGCAUGACUGCAAAGGAAAUGGGGACGAGUUUGUGAAUGAGGUUAUGAGCAUUGGCAGGACCUCUCAUGUUAAUGUUGUUAGCUUAUUUGGGUUCUGUUUGGAGGGAUCAAAACGAGCUCUUAUAUAUGAGUACAUGCCCAAUGGUUCCUUGGACAAGUACAUUUACUCAGAGAACCCCAAAGAAAUUUUAGGAUGGGAGAGGCUCUAUACUAUAGCAAUCGGGAUUGCUCGUGGCCUCGAAUACUUUCACCAUAGCUGUAAUACACGCAUUGUCCACUUUGAUAUCAAGCCCCAAAAUAUCCUUCUAGAUAAAGAUUUUAGCCCAAAGAUUGCCGAUUUUGGUCUAGCUAAAUUGUGUCAUACAAAGGAGAGCAAGCUUUCAAUGACUGGUGCUAGAGGAACAAUUGGGUUCAUCGCUCCAGAAGUUCACUCUCGAACAUUCGGAGUGGUUUCAACGAAGUCAGAUGUUUAUAGUUAUGGAAUGAUGCUUUUGGAAAUGGUUGGAGGCAGGAGAAAUGUAAAAUCAAUUGUUGCAAAAUCCAGCGAAAAGUAUUUUCCAGACUGGAUUUACGACCACUUUGCGCAAGAUGAUGGAUUACAAGCAUGUGAAGUCACAGGAGAAAUUGAGGAAAUCGCAAGAAAGAUGACCUUAAUUGGUUUGUGGUGCGUACAAAUACUGCCUGCAUAUCGCCCUACCAUAACCAAAGUUCUAGAAAUGUUCGAGAGAAGCUCAGAUGACAUGGAUAUGCCACCGAAGCAAAACUUUUCUGGAUUGCUUGAAAGUUCAGCUCACAAUAUGGAUGUACAAAGUUCAAGUUCUACCAGAUCUGAGGAGAUCAGCCUUGUGAAUUCAAAAUUUGUACAACAAUCGCCAACUCUUUGA